AUGCAAAGAUUCUUGUCACGAUAUCAAUCUUACCAUUAUAAAACAGCAUUUAGAUUUAAUAUUUCAACGCAUGUGACGAACCCCUUCAUUACAUUCACUUUAGCAGCGACACCCCUUCUAUCUACUAUACGAUUUUGGAAAAGCAAAUUCAUUAUAAAUAAGCCAAAACGAAAAAAAACUCAAAAUAUUUCUAUAAGAGAAACCCACAAUUUACAUUCAAUUAAUGUACCAGAAUUAUUCACGCAUAAAAAAGAUGCUCGAAAAAAACGACAUUUAGCGCAACAAGUUCUAAAUAAUUCAACUGAAACUUCUCCUUUGAUAUGGCCAAAGUAUCUUGAAUUAUCAAAAAAAGGUGAACUUCAUUCAUUUACUGAAAAUGAUUUCGUGAUGAUAAUAUCAAAAUUGCUUAAAUCAAAUUGGAAACAACAGAGAAUUUUUUAUUGGAUUGAAAGACUCUGUAAAGAAAUGGAUGCAAUUGGCUUACAUUUAAACAAACACUUAUACGAAAAAAUAAUUAAUAUUUAUGUCAGAUUUGGAGAUAUCGCAAGAGCAGAAUCGAUAUUUACAGAAAUAACCAAAAAAAAUAUUGUACCCACACGUGGAACAUACCUUAUACUAAUUACUAGAUAUGCAAAAUUAGGGAAAAUAAGACAAUGUUUGGAACUUUUUCAAGAUAUGAAGAAACAUUUAAUAAUGCCGGAUAUAAAAACGUACAGUACACUUAUUUUAGCUUAUACACGAAGUAAUAAUAUAAUCGGUGCAUAUGAUUUGUUAGAUGAAAUGGAUCGAUUUAAUAUUAAACCAAAUAUUAUUACAUUCAAUACAAUCAUCCAUGGAUUAUUGAAUUCACAUGAUUUUAAAGGUGCAGAAAGGUGUCUUGAUAUAAUGCAAAAUUACGGAAUUACUCCAAAUGUAAGAACUUUUAAUACUUUAAUGGCAGGAUAUUUAGAUAUCAAAGAUUUUCGAUCAAUAGAAAAUAUUUACAAUAAAAUGCUUAAAUUAAAAUUAGAACCAUGUUUGGAUACUUAUCAUAUAUUAAUGACGAUUUUCAUUCAGAACGAAGAACCAGAAAAGGUGAAAACUAUAUUCGAAGCCAUUAUUAGUCAUAAUAUGCAAGUUGUAAGAACUUUUAAUAUACUAAUUCAUAUGUAUACAAAAAUGAAGGAUUUUGAUACGGCACGAAAAACAUUUGAACGGAUGCAAUCAUUAGGCUUAAGACCGAAUGUGGCAACAUACAGCACAUUCAUCUCUGGUUAUGUAAACGAUCAAAAUCUUGAAGAAUCAUUGAGAUACUUUGAUGAAAUGAUAAAGCGAGGAAUUGACCCAAACUUAUUUAUUUUUAACAUUCUUUUGAAAGGAUAUUUAAACAGUCACGGGAUACAAGAUUAUGAAGAUGGAUUUGAAAAGGCAAUGGGUCAAUAUCAUGAAAUGCUUAGUAAAGACCUUAAUCCAACCAAUCGAACAUUUAAUAUUAUUUUAGGGUUAGCGACGAAAAAAGAUUUACGAGAACAUAAAUUUAAUUCACGCCUUAUAAAGAAUGAUUAUAAUAAUAAGUCAAGUGAAUGCCCAGUUGAAAAUAUUCUAAAAGAGAUGAUGAAUAAAAAAUUUGUAAUAGAUGUAAUUACAUAUUUAGUUUUAAUGGGAAGUUUUGUAAAUUAUCGAUAUUUAGAAGGGGCAGAAAAAUUAAUCCAAAUAAUGCAACAUAAUGGAGUCUCUCCAAAUCAAUUCAUCUUUAAUAUAUUGUUAGAUGGAUACGUUAAAAUUUCCGAUAUGAAUAGAGCAGAAAUGACAAUCAAAAGAAUGUUAAAUAAUGGAUUUCAGAAAACAAUAAGUGUAUAUAAUUCACUUAUUAAUGGUUACGCAUCUAUUGGAGAUAUUAAAGCAGCAUACAACCAAUUUGAAGAGAUGAAAAGAAACAAUAAUGAACCAGAUAAAAUUAGUUACACAUCAUUGAUGGAUUAUUUUGCUGAUAAUCAUCAAAUAAGAAAUGCCCAAAAAACAUUUGAUUAUAUGUGUAAACAAGGAAUUCCUCACGAUAUAAUAAGUUAUACAGUACUUGCGAAGGCUUAUGCAUUAUUAGGUAAUAUUAAAGGAUGUUGGUAUGUAUUUAUUGAAAUGAUAAAAGCGGGAUAUGAACCAGAUAGUGUGUCAACGUUAAUUAUGUUAAAUGCAUAUAAUCGCAAAAAAGAUAUUAAAGGGGCUAUUAAAUACUUAAAAGAAGAUUAUUCAGGGAUAGAAAAACUUAAUACUUGGCAUUAUAAUAUUAUAUUGAAUAUGCUUGCUCGAGAUAAACAACGGGCUAAUGGCGCAUUUUUAUUAUUCAUGAAAAUGUUGUACAGUCAAAAUCAACCAUCAAAUUUUUCAGAUUCUUCAGAUUCUUCUAAUUCUUCUUCAGUUCAGAAAACAAAUACAAUAAAUCUAUCGAUUGAAUCUGAUAAAUCCGAUGGUAAUGAUGAUAACAUAGCCAAUAAUAUAGAUCCAUCACCAUCUUCUUCUUUAUUUACACACAGAGAAUUAAAUAUUCCACUUCCAGACAUUGAUAGUGUUCACAUAAUAAUCAAUCACUUUAGCCGAUAUCAAAUGUGGGAUUAUAUCAUAGAAAUAUGGGAUGAACUUUAUCAUCGAGAAAUUUAUCCACGUUCAAUUGAUUACUUUAUAUUUAUGCGAGCCUUUUCCAUGAAAAAGCAACCAGAAAAAAUGAUGAAAGUAUGGGAGAAUAAAAAAAAUGUGAAUCCAAAAUUCGAUGAUCGUUUUCUGGUUCGUGAUGCAAUACAAAUGCAACAAAAAUAG